AUGAAUCCCAAAGAUUCAAAACCAUCCUUUUUCAUGUCCCUCCCUACAGAACUCCACCUCCUAAUCCUCAACCUACUCCUCUUCCCCGACCUCAUCCACUUAAAGCUCACUUGCACCUAUUUCCACACCCUCAUUCCACCCCUCAGCCACAGCGCGCUCAUCGACGCCGAAAACACUGACUUAGCCGUUUUCAAGGAUGUCUUCGCAUGUCGAUACUGUUUACGACUGCGUCCCCGGUCGGAGUUCGCCGAUCGCAUGCUUCAUCGUCGACGCGGGCGGUAUGGUCGCGACGCGCAUAAUCGGUUCUGUGUCGACUGUGGGCUCCAACCGAGGGUCGGGCGGCCGAGGUAUUGUCCUGGAGCGCAGAUUGUGAUGCAAGGUAUCUCAUAUGUCAUUUGCUUGACUUGUCAUGACUUUCGGUUGGGGGUGAGGGAUUCGGUAGGGAGGUCGGUGAAAGCGGAGUGUAGGGAUUGUCUGAAGAAGAGAGAGGUGAUGGAGAAAGAUGAUCAAGUGGGAGAGCGAGUUGGAGCCUUCUUUGGUGGUACCGAGGAAGGUAUGGUGGUGAGGGGUGGGUUUGUGUUACAAUCUUGGCUCCUGCCCCGUAUGGCGGUAUCGGAGUGA